CAGAGUGCACGCAGGCACAAUCCACGGUUUGGUUCCCAGCGUGGAAAGUUGAGAGACCCCACUACCCCCACAGGUGUCUCGGCACGAGCAGGAAAGGCACAUUUUUGGUGAAGCGCAAUACUUUUAUUUAUUUUUUUCCCCAUCAAACCCGCAAACUAAACAGGUAAGAAAACACGCUGCGUAUUUACGCGGAGCCGACAUUUACGACUCCAUUUAUUCCCGACGUCGACAUGCGCGAUGAUGUUUCUUAUGUGCGUUUUUCUUUGGAUUUUUUUUUUAAUUUAUUUUUUUUAGGUCGUGCACUUUCUUUGCCUCCUGUAAAUGACAUGGCACACCGAGCAGAGUCGCUCACUUUCAAACGGAGAGCAGCCGCAGCUCCAUCAGAGGAUCGAUCCCGUGCCAAGUAGUGCGCUUUUUCGGGGGAGUGAUCCUGCGGCUCUGCCCGAGCGACAAGAGCUAACACGCGGGGGAAGACAUGGAGCGGCUCCGGUGCGUGAGGCUCGCAGCACUUUUGUGCACAGUGGUAGACAGCAAGGUGAUCCUAGAGGGCCUGCAGAGGAGGCAAACCAGGAUUUAAUGAGGAAUUCCAGCCUGCAGGCCCGCACAGAGUCCUUCUUCAUCCAGCAGGCUCGCCACAUGCCCUAUGUCAAUGCUAGCUAUGGGCCGCUAUCUGUCCAACAGCCCGUCCCACUAGAGAUGUUACAAACACAGCCCGGACCGUUCAACCAGCAUAUUUUCAUUUCACCAGCAGAGCCAACGUCAGCGUCACUGUCGCCGCUCUUUACGUUUAACUGGAAAAUUCACACCUACAUCAUCAAUGAGAGGAUUCACCCCAGCUGGCCCAAGGUCCAAGUGUUAUUCUAUGUCGCAGGGAGGGACUGGGAUGACUACAGCGCCAUCCAAAAGCUGCCUUGCAUAAGAAUGUUCGCCUUCCAUGAGACCCAGGAGGUGCGGGGUACAUGUAGGCUGAAAGGGGAACUAGGGAUUUGUGUUGCGGAGCUGGAACCCCUUGCAAGCUGGUUCAGCCCACCCACUGUUAGGCCAGGUCGUCAGAGAGUGUCGGAGCAGGCCGAGGGCACACCUGUGGAGCUUUAUUACACGCUUCAAACCACCAACAGCGGUGACUGCAGCGCCGAGGACUCAAGGAAAGGCAGUACGAUGCGCACAGAGCAGCACGGUCCGAUGGGAUACUCUGCCGGGCACACGGCGAUGCAACGCAUUGGCAGCGUCAGGCUCUUUCAGCCGCUAUUGGAGCUGAAGCUUGACAGUAACUUUCUGGUCAUGGUGCCCUCUAAACCCAUCCGUCAGAGAGAAACCGUCUCUGCUUUUCUGGCUCUGUCGACACUUUCCUCCGUGCAGAUCUUCACCCUCAGGGUGAAGCUGAAGGACGGAGUGGCGUUCUUGGGGGCCAGAGCCAGUAACCCCGUGGUGUGGACGGUGAGUCAGGAUGUCAGAAGUGAAGGUCACAGAGUCGUCACUCUGCACUGUCGAAGGAAGGAGAGCAGCUUCGGUCAAAGAGAGGAGGCGAUGGGCUACCAGAGAGUGUUGCAGGUGGAUCUGGAGGUGAACGGGCUGAUGGCGCCUGAAGGUGGCAGAGAGGUGACUUGGCAGGUGGAGUAUCCGCUCACCCGCACCCAGACCAGUGAGGUGCAGACCCUUAUCCGCCUAGCACCGCAGGACCUUGGCGGCAUCGUGCCACUAGCAAUGGACACAGAGAUCCUUAAUACAGCUGUCCUCACUGGACGUACAGUCGCUGUGCCUGUAAAGGUCGUCACUGUGGGAACAGACGGGACGGUCUCUGAUGUGACCGAGUCGGUGGAAUGCAGGUCAACAGAUGAGCUGGUUAUUAAGCUGCCCGAGUUCUGGGAAACUUCUGCGACCGCAUGGUUUGCCCAGGCGGAGGCACAGUUUGCCCUGCGUGGUAUCACCGAGGACGACACUAAGUUUUAUUAUGUCGUGUCCUCCCUCGGCAGCGCGACGGCGACCAAAGUGGUUAACGCCCUUACGCACCCACCGGAGAGGAACAAGAACCUCACGGGCUUGGCGAUUGCAAGCCCUCUGAACUAA